AUGGAGGCAGCCAUAGCUAAGCACGUUGAUCCUUCCAAGAUUUUGAUUGAGCGCGCUGUUGCAGAGUGGGCAGAUGGUGAUGAAACAUGCUUCCUCGGCGAUGAGCCGGACAGUUCCUUCAACAUGACCGUCGGACUGGAUCCCUCGACCGGCAAGCUGCUGCUCUGGUUCCAACUCGUCGUCAGUGUCAAACGCCAUCGUGCAGCCACCCAUAGUCGUCCGCGUUCGCUGUUCGCGCUGUUCCAAGCAGACAUGUUCGACUAUGACCACGACUCCUGCAUCUCCCUCAGUCCCAUUCCCGAGUCCAACGACGCUAUGAAUGCCGUUUCCCGCGCCCGCCUCGGCUGCGACAACAGGCGCAUGUUCCAGCUACACCUGCACCUGAAAACCCACAGUCAAGUCGUGAUGCCCAAGGCGGAUCCCCCACUUAUCCCCGCCACCGAAAAGAGCCGCCGUCUCCUGCGCUCCUUCAAGUCCCUCUCCGAAACAACCACUCUCUCCGUUUACCUGCCACUGGCGGCCGAUCGCGUGCAAUCGUUCCACGCCGUUUGCGAUGCGUUGCGUGCGAGGAAAUUGGUGAAUCACGACAUUGAUCUCGAAGCCACCUACAAGGGCGGCGCCGAGCGUGACGCGUGGUCCAAUUUCGACAUUUUCCCAGCCCCCGCAUCGCAGAGUCAAUUGUCGAAAGUGGACGCUCUGGGAGAAAAAACCACUGCUGCCACCUCUCCGCCCCAGGCUUCCGUCUUCGAGCCUAAUGCCGGGAAGGCAGCAGAAGCAGCAGCGGAAACAGAAGAAGGGGAUCGCGCGCCAGAGAAGGAGACGAUACCUCCUCCACUGUACGAAGAACACGAUGCCAGGCAAUCGAACCCGUCGUCUCCCUCAGCUGCGGCGGCGGUGCCAGCUCCGGCCCACCGAUCCGGAGAAACCGAUCUCGGCGACGGGGGCGAUACGACAGAAGAGGACGACGAAUCGGAGCAGCAGCAGCAGGAACAUGCCGGACCCUGUUGCUCCUCGCCGCCACGCAAGAAACGCAAGGCAGCAGCCGCCGACAUCACCAAUGAAAUUUCACCAUCAGAGCAGCCGCCGCCGCCAGCAAGACUAACCCCGCCUCCCCCUCCAUUCGUAGACACACCACCGCCGCCGCUGCCAACAGCAUCAGCAUCAGCACCAGCACCAGCAUCAGCACCAGCAUCACACCCAACUCCCCGCCUCCCCCUCCCCCCGCCUCCUCCCCACACCCACACCCCCAAACCCAAGAGCAAGACCAAGCACCAGCACCAACGCGUCCACUUCUCCACCCCCACCCCCACAAGCAACAACAUCCACCAGCACCCCCCCGCCGACCCCGCCGCCCCCGCCGCCGUAACGACAACGACAACAACGCCGCCGCCCAUCUCCUCCCACAGCCCCACCGCCUGCACCCCGGCCAUGCUGCAGACCGCCCUCGCCCGCUUCCUGCGCUGGCUCGCCGCCGUCGACGUCGAGCUCGAGCACCGCCACGACGACGUCCUCUGGCGGCUGGGCGCCCUCGCCGCCGCCGGCGACGGCGAAGGGUUCUACCGCGUGCAGGCGCGGUGCAAGGCCGAGGUUUUGGUGGGGUAUCAUCAUCAUCGUGAUUGGGAUUGUGGGUCUGGAUCUGGGUCUGGAUCUGGAUCUGGGUCUGGGAGGGGGGGUUAG